AAUAUCGAUAAACAUGUGAGUGAAUGAUGUUUAAUCUAAAGUUUAGAUUCUAAACACUAUAAUUAUUAAAUUGUUCAACGCUAAUAUUAAAUCUUUCGUAUUCUAAUUGAUUGUUUCAAUUUAAUUCAAUCAUGCCAACUUACGAGAUUUUGUUUACUGUCAGAAGAUUAGCGAAGCCUGAUUUGGUUUCAUGUUUAAAACGUGUUGGUGAAGUAUUGUUAGAUAAUCAUGGAAUUUUAAGAAAAAUUGAAUAUUUGGGAACAAAGAAAUUUCCCUAUAAAAUGCCGAAAGCUGGUUCAAAAACUCCUGGUCUUCAUUCAUCUGGAAGUUAUUUCCUUUUCCAUUGUGACUUACCUUAUUCAUCUAAUCUAAUGAUCUCUAAUACUCUCAAACUGGAUCAUGAUUUAAUACGAGUUUCUUUGCACUCUAAAAACACUGCUUUACCCGAGGAUUAUGAAUGCACUUUGGCAGAGGAAAUGUUACCACCUUCAUACCGAAAAAGUGUUCAAAAUUUGAUUAAGGAAGGACGUAAAAAGAGAGAUACAAAAGAUUUAGGUCCAGAUGCUGAAAAAUGGUAAUCUCUACUAUGAAGCUUUUAUUUGUCAAAUAGUUAAAAAUUAAUUCUUUUGUAAUAUAAAGAACGUAUGUAAUGUAGUUGACACGAUUUAAUGUAAUGAGCUAACUGCUCGAAUAAAGUUCCCAAUCAUUGAAAAUCGUCAAA